AUGGCGUCGGCGAUUUGGGACACGGUUUUGUCCAUCAGCGAGUACAUCCCGCUUAUUUCAGCCCCGCCAAAGUAAUAUUAAUUAGUUACAUAAGUUUGAAAAAAGAAAAUUGAUGCGUCCCGAUAUCAUUUUUUUGUAGGAUUUAAAUUUAUUUCCAUUUUAUUUCAGGAACCGCCACAUACACCACCAUCACACGGCUUCUGCUCCGUCACUUUUGACAUCUGCACCCGAUAUGAGACUUUUUGGUUCGAAUCGCUGGUCUUUCAGGCGCCGCAGCGAUUUCACUCGGCGCUUAUGGAUCCCACAGUAAGUUUCGAGCUGAGAAUAGAAGUUUGACGAAAAAAAAAAAGUAAUUUUUCAAUUCAAGAUUUAAUUUAGUUCAAAAGAUCUUGCUAGUUUUUAAUGAUAAUGUUUCAAAAAAUCUCGUAACCUUCAAAGUUUCAAUUUGGGAUGUAAAAGCCACACAAGGAACAAACCUCACGUUCAGAACUUCGCGACAACCUGAGCAUUUCGGAAAGACGUCGAUUGGCGUUUGAAACAGGCAACCGAUAUCAUCUGAUCCACUCCCUGGGCUUAGUAGCCGCAUGUCGAUCCACCUAUCCAAAAGUAACUGCCGCCAUUUUCUUAGGUAUGAACAUUUUAAUUCUUUACCUUGAUUAGUCACUUUCAGGCGGAAUCAUUCUGUUCUGCGGACCUUGCUAUCACUACGCAAUCACGGGCCGCGAAGAAAGCCGUCAAGUGACCCCAUUGGGCGGAAUCUUGCUCAUCCUCGGAUGGCUAUCUCUUUGUCUCUAG